GCGAGGCACGGUCGGUGCCUACGCUGUUGCCGCCUUCGGUCCAAGUUUACACAAUACCAGUUCAUCAGCCGCAAGGAUGAGGGUCCGUCCGCUCUCGGCGGCCCUGCUACUCGUCCUCCUCUCCCUGCUAUCCGAGGUUUCAAAAGCGGAGGAUAUAUACUGGGAAGGAGAGGAUGACGCUUCAAACGAAUUUUUGGAAGUAGACGACUCGGACAAAGGUCUCGGCAUCGGGGGCCAUUUACAGCGGCUUAAACGAGACUUUAUGUCUUUUUUCUCAUCCACGCCAGUUCCUGAAUACGACGAAAAUGUCACGGAGGACGACGAAGACAUCGGAGACAAAAACUUCGAUAGUCUUAACGAAGUCGACGGCGGCUCGGGAUUCCCCGAUCGAGUCGAACCGGAGCUUAAAGAAAAGACGCUCCGUGUAACGUUCGUGGUGAUGGAGCCGUACCAAAUGAACUACUCGAAUCGGGACUCACUGGCCUUCCAGAACUUCUCCAAGUCCCUCGCUGAAGCUGUCAAUGCAGUGUUCCGGGAUCUUCCUGGAACUCAUAGAGCGAACCUUGUGAGAAUACAAUCACGCGCGACCGACGAGUUCUCUUGUAAGGUUACGCUGGAGAUAGUCACAAUCGGCUACGAAGAUACGGACAAAAUUGUUGAAAUACUUCGCGAGCACAUCAGGAAGAAGAGACAUCUUGGUGACGUCACGGUUACUGAUGAAGAUUUUAGUGCUACUGUCAUUGAUCCAGCAUACAACACACCCCUUGACACCUGUGCUGCGGACGAAUCCAGAUGUAACGACGGUCGCUGUAUCCCUUCAUCCGCCUUGUGCAAUGGAAACAGGGAUUGCUCUGACGGCUCCGAUGAGAUUGGUUGCCCAUAUGCCGAAGAAGAUCAAAGUAUAUACGACGACGAGGAUCCAAAAUACGAGGACAGGAACGUACAGUCCGCUACGCCCGAAAGCUUCCCUGAUGCGCAGAAUCGGGACAGUGAGAAUAACGUAAACAACGGAGUGAACAGCGAAACAACAACAUCGUCACCCCCUGAGUCUGACCUUGGCGAGGGAUCAGGGGAGUGUGAGAAGAUCACGUGUGAAGGGUCGACCCUCACGAUAUGCGUGUCACAACGCUGCGACGGCAUUAGAGACUGUCCGAAUGGCUUUGACGAGGAUAACUGUGAAAUUCCCCCUACACAACGUGGGGAUACUCCUGAACAAACGGACGAGGAAUAUAACCCAGAAUCUGUGCAACCUCAACAGCCGGAACAGCCACAAUCAUGUCCGGAAGGCGAGAUGCGAUGCGACGAAACCCGUUGCGUGGCUAACUCCAAGCGUUGUGAUGGCUACCACGACUGCGACGACUGGACUGAUGAAGAAGGUUGCCCUGAACAAUCAUGUGGUAACGACGACUUCCGCUGUGGCAAUGGAAAGUGCAUUGAAGGAGCCCGCCGUUGUGACCGCGUGGUGGACUGUCCAUCUGGAGAAGACGAGUUAGCCUGCGAAUGUAGUGAGGAUGAAUUCCGCUGCCAAGAUGACGGCUCCUGCAUAGAAAGCAGGAAACGGUGCGACAAUGUCAGGCACUGUGCUGAUGGCUCUGAUGAAUACGACUGUGUUCAUCGAUUGCUAGUCUGGUCCGGUCAUCAUGUAUGCAAGGAUAGAGGCAAGUUUCAUUGCCACGAUGGAUCUUGCAUAUCUAUCCUACUUCGCUGUGAUGGCUUUAGAGAUUGUCGGGACGGCAGCGACGAAAUUGACUGUCCAUGCCGCUCUAAUCAAUGGCAAUGUGACCACGGAAGUUGCAUCAAACGCAGUCAGCGUUGUGAUGGUCGCGUCGAUUGUCCAACAGAUAGAUCUGAUGAGAGGAAUUGUGUCGCAAAGGGAUACUUUAGAUGCAGAGGUGGCAAGUUAAUACCAGAAAAAGGACGAUGCAAUCGUCGAUACGAUUGUGAUCCUGGAGAUUAUUCCGAUGAACAGAAUUGUCCGUGUGGUGAAGACGACUUCAAAUGCGACAAUGGCUACUGCAUUCCCAGGUCUAAACAGUGUGACAGAACACGUGAUUGUCAGGAUGGUUCUGAUGAACGACACUGUGUUUACGGCACAAUAUGCAUGGCUUAUCAAUAUAAAUGUUCGAGCGGACAAUGCGUUAAGGCUGAUUCUUGGUGCAAUGGGACUGUGGAAUGUGACGAUGGUUCAGACGAAAAGAAUUGCCCUUGCAAAAGGGACCAAUUCCAAUGCCGAGAUGGCUCUUGUAUUAAUAUUGCUCAGAGGUGUAACGGUCACAAAGAUUGUCAUCCCCAAGGCGAAGACGAACACAAUUGCGAUGCCGAGUCUUGUCCACCAGCCAGCUUUACAUGCGACCCUGGUUCGAGCGUCCGCUGUGCGAAGCGAUGCGAUCGUAACCCAGAGUGCGACGGCGGGGAAGAUGAAGAAGGCUGCUCUGACUGUCACGAGUGCGACGGACGAUGUAUCGAGGACUAUCGCAUCUGCGAUAGAGUGCCCGAUUGCUCCGACGGCUCUGAUGAGUUGGGCUGUAACGAUUGCGAUGGACCCGACGAUUUCAGAUGUACGAACGGCGAAUGUAUCAAGAUUUCCCAACAAUGCAACAACGUCGCUGAGUGCUCUGACAUGUCUGAUGAGUUGCAUUGCAAUUCAACCAUCAUAGCCGAAUCUCCUGAAUGUAGUGACAACCAAUUCCGCUGUCGAAAUGGUGCGUGCAUCGAUAACCAGUUCUUCUGCGACAAACACAUUGACUGCCUUGACAAAUCCGAUGAAGAAAAUUGUGCAUGCGACGAGGGCUACUGGCAAUGUAUAUCUGGCCAGUGCAUCUUGGAAUCGGAUCGUUGCAAUGGCCUGGUCGACUGCAGCGACGCUUCAGACGAAAACGACUGUCCUACUACGUACAGACCUUUCGUCACCUACCCACCGCUACCUGAGACUACUCAGCGACCAUACUACACGACCACCUCAGCACCGUUCAUACCACAAUAUCAACCGAGCAACCGCGUAGAAUGCCAAAGAAAUCAAUGGCGUUGCGAGAACGGGCCAUGUAUAGAGUCGUAUCAGCGGUGUGACGGUCACGUGGACUGUCCGCGCGACGGCAGCGACGAGUUCGAUUGUCCAGCUGGCAGUCCAGUCGCCCUUGAUUUGAAGACUUAUCCCUCAGAGCAGACUGUGAGAAACGCCAAUUCUGGAGGUGAUGUGGUAUUCUCCUGCCGUGACGAAGGACCAGUAAGAGCGGCUGUGAGAUGGGUCAGAGAAGGCGGCAGGCCUUUAAAACCUGGCUCCGUAGACCGGAAUGGACGUCUCGAAAUGAACCAAGUUACAACGGGAGACAGCGGUGUCUACAUCUGUCAAGCUCCUAGAUAUUUGGGUACCAGAGGCGCUGAAAUCAGGGUUGUCCUGAAUGUUGAAAAUGCACCGGCAACCUCUAGCCCACCCUUCGCUGCUUGUCAAUCUUACCAAGCCACAUGUGGUAACGGACAAUGUAUUCCUAAGACUGCUGUAUGCGAUGGCAGACUCGAUUGUUCCGAUGGAUCCGACGAAGACGCUUGCAACCAAAACGGCAUGUGUGAGCCCAACCAAUAUCAGUGCGCAAACCACAAAUGUGUACUCAAAACAUGGCUCUGUGACUCUGAAGACGAUUGUGGUGACGGUUCCGAUGAACAGAACUGUGGCCCCUCAGAUCCCUACCAGCAAUGUAGCCGAGUGGAGUUCGCAUGUGCAACCCAAAACCAAUGUAUCCCCAGGAGUUUCCACUGCGAUGGACAGAGCGAUUGCUUUGAUAAAUCAGAUGAACUUGGAUGUGCUCCCGUCCACGUCACUCGUCCUCCAGCACCGGCUAAUGUCAGACUAAACCCUGGUGACACGCUCACCCUUGUAUGCGAAGCUGUUGGUGUUCCCACGCCGCUUAUUUCUUGGAGAUUGAACUGGGGCCAUGUUCCCGAAAAGUGUACAUCGACAAGUGAAAACGGUAUCGGAACCCUUACUUGUCCAGACAUGCAGACUGAAAAUAGCGGUGCGUACUCAUGUGAGGCCAUCAACAACAGAGGUACUGUGUUUGCCGCACCUGAUUCUAUUGUCUACGUGAACAGAUCAGAAGCCUUGUGUCCAGCUGGAUAUUUCAACAGCGAGGCGCGUUCACAAAACGAAUGCAUCCGUUGCUUCUGCUUCGGUGAAUCAACAACUUGUAAGAGUGCUGACCUCUUCACAUACAAUAUGCCCACUCCUCUCGGAGAAGGUGGCACUAGACUCGUUGGUGUCAAACAAACAUACAACGGUGACGUACAAAUCGACAAACAGCAACCCAUUUUCGACCAAUUUUACUAUCAGCCACUCAGAAAUGGAGCUACCGUCACACAAGUGUCAAAUUUCAAUGAUGUUUGGUCAAGGAACACUGGCACUCACCCGUACUUAACUUUGCCCGAAACUUAUAACGGCAACCAACUGACAUCAUAUGGUGGUCACAUUAAAUACAGAUUACUGCCACAUAACCCACAACCUUAUGGUAGCGACGACAAAGUUCCCGAUAUUAUAAUCAUGGGUAAAUAUCAAAACCUGGUGCACCAAAACCGUGGCGACCGCUACUAUGUAAACGCACGUUUAACUCCUGACAAUUGGCUGAAACCCAGUCCCCGAGGCUUGGUACCAGCUACCAGAGAAGAUAUUAUGAUGGCCUUGGACGACGUCGACAUGAUUCUUCUCCGUGCCGAUCUCAACAACGCCGGUGUUAACAUUACCGAAUUCACAAUGGAAUCUGCUCAGCAUAUAAACGUUGGUCUUGGAGCUGCUAGCUUGGUCGAAGAAUGUUCUUGCCCACCGGGAUAUGAAGGCCUUUCUUGCCAGAAAUGCGCAUCUGGAUACGCCCGUGAAAGCUCUGGACCAUGGCUCGGAUCGUGUGUUCCCAAGCGAUCUUGCCCACCGGGUACAUACGGCGACCCCAACAGUGGAGGUGACUGUAGACCGUGCCCUUGCCCACUUACCAACAGGGAGAACCAAUUUGCCAGAACUUGCUCACUUGGACCCAGCGGAGUGGUCAUCUGCGAUUGUAACCCAGGUUACGAAGGAAACGACUGCAGCCGUUGCGCUCCCAAUUAUUAUGGCAACCCAUUGAUACCCGGAGAUUCAUGCAAGCCCAAACCAUCAGACAACUGCAACGCUUUAGGAACAGCGCAAGUACGACUACCUGACGAGUGUGUGUGCAAAGACAACGUACAAGGAAGAUACUGUGACCAGUGCAAGUCUGGCACAUUCUUCCUUUCUAACGAUUUCAGAUACGGAUGUGCCUCAUGUUUCUGUUCAGGCGUUUCCCAACAGUGUAUGAGCAGCAAUUUGCGUAGGAAAACAACCACAGUACGUUUCAAUGUGCCACAAAUCGUCGGUCAAGUGAAAUUAUACAAGAGUGCGCCUUUCGGUUCCGGAGGCUCAGUGCGGUAUAAUGCUCCCAUCGAAACCGACAUUCAACCAGAAUUAUACGGAGGGGAAAUUACUCUCAACAGCUACGAUAGAGCUCAGCCUUCCAUUUACUACUGGAGUCUUCCAAUCAGUUUCGCUGGUGAUAAAGUAACAGCGUAUGGUGGCUUCCUAAAUUACGAACUACACCAUGUACCAAUUGCCAGUGGACAAAGCUCAAGGAAUAAUGCCGCUGACGUGCAACUUAUCAGCGAUAACAGUUUGACAUUCAACUACUUCGGUAACUUUGCACCUGACAGUGAAGGUUACUUGAAUGCAAGUGUACAAUUCUUGGAGAGAGGUUGGCAAAGGCCCGAUGGUAAAGAAGUGUCCCGCGAACAUUUCCUUCUCGCUUUAGCCGACGUGAAAACAAUUUUGAUAAAGGCAACAUACACAACAGACACAGAGGUCGCUUCUAUUGCUAGCGCUAGCAUUGAAACCGCAGAAGCUGGUGGCACUGGACCCUUGGCGCAGCAUGUAGAACAGUGCGUUUGCCCAGGAGGUUAUGUAGGAACAUCUUGUGAGGAUUGUGCCCCUGGUUAUACAAGGAUCUCAAGUGGACUCUAUCUGGAACAUUGUGGUCCUUGUGAUUGCAAUGGACACUCCAACAUGUGCCACCCAGAAUCUGGUGUCUGUUAUGACUGCGCUCACAACACCGCUGGAGCGAACUGUGAAUUGUGUAAGGAAGGAUACGAAAGAGACCUUUACAAUAACUGUGUCCAACGUUCACCCAGUACACAAACACCUUGCAACUGCGACCCACGUGGAGAAGAAAUUCCGUGUGACUCAAACGGCUACUGCUCAUGCAAACAAAACGUUGAGGGCGAAUCUUGUGACCGUUGUCGACCUGGAACCUUUGGUCUGGAGGCAUCAAACCCUCUUGGAUGCUUGAACUGCUAUUGCUCUGGAGUAACUAGCAAUUGCCAUGAGGCCAGCCACUACACACGUAUUCCAAUUGCUGCACCUAUCUUUGGAGAGAACUACGGAGGAUACACUCUUACAGAUCUGAAUGGAGAACAAGUUAUCAACGACCACUUCGUACCGGCUCCAGAUGAAAGUGAACUGAUGUACAUCUUCUCGUUCUUACCUGAAGGAGAAUUAUACUGGUCCUUACCUGUAUUCCCAGGUAACAGAGUGUUAUCAUACGGCGGUGUUCUUUCAAUGACACAAAAGUUCCAAACCGGAGGCUACCCCGGUGAAUCUUCACCUGGAACUGACGUUGUACUUAUUGGUGAUCAAAUAUCAGUUUACUGGAUGAAUCCAACACCUAUUAAAUCUGGUGAAGCUUUCACCUACCAAGUACCGCUCCGCGAAAAUAACUGGUUCGUCCUUAACUCAGCGCAACCUGCAAGUCGCCACGACUUUAUGGGGGUUUUGAAGAAUCUCCGCAGAGUUUUAGUGCGCGCCACACUCUCGGAUAGAAUUACCUCAACAGCUAUUGCCGACGUUUCUAUGGACACUGCUGCGGAAAGCUAUGACACCACAUCACCAGUCGCUAAAGGCGUCGAGAUGUGCAUGUGUCCAGAAGGCUACAGUGGAACAAGUUGUGAGAGUUGCAACACAGGUUAUUACAAAGACCAGAAUGGUUACUGCAAACAAUGCAACUGUAAUGGUCACGAUUGUCAAUUGAACGCCUAUGAUGAAGUCGUCUGCAACUGUAGACCUCCUUUCACUGGACCAGAUUGUUCAACUGUUGAAGGUGAUUCAAGCGUAGACCAGACGACACGUCCACCACUUCCACAAAGUACCGUAGUUGUCAGAAUUACGAGCCCAACCAUUAAGAUCCAAGAAUUGGGAAGCACAGUCAACUUCACUUGCCAAGCCAGAAGCCGUAUGGUUCAGAGACCACUACAAAUAUCUUGGUCUAAGGCUGAUGGAUAUUUACCUCAGGACAGAAUUCAAAUAGACCAGACUAAUGGAAUACUUCUUAUUACCAACCUCCAAAUCUCCGACAGUGGUAAAUACAUUUGUCAGACAAGUGAUGGAAUAUCAACUGCCCAAGCCAUUGCCACCCUUAAAGUACCUGGCAACGACAUGACCCUUCCGACGGUAUCAAUAAGCCCAUCAAUAAAGGAGUACUACGAGGGAGACAGGAUUGAACUCGUCUGCAGCACAACUGGUAACCCUGCUCCAAGGAUCACUUGGCAGAGGGGAAGCAAUCGGCCAUUACCGAGAUCAACUGAAGUUUAUGACGCUCUUCUGGUGAUUGAAAGUGCACGACUUGAAGAUUCUGGUGAAUACAGAUGUAUUGCAUCGAACGCUGCUGGUUCAACAGACAGGACGGCAGUAGUCACCGUACGUUCAAGACCUUCAUGGCCUUCUACUCAAGACAAAUUGACUGUAUCAUCGGCUUCGCCUACCAUCGAUGAAGGACAAAGCACCAGAAUUGUGUGUACCGGAACAAGUAACGUACCUGCUGGAGCUAUUGACUGGGUUAGACAAGACGGUACCGCAUUCUUGCCGAACGUGCGUUCCGACAAUGGUGUUUUGUACGUUGAUUACGCUCGUCUGGAGAACGAAGGAGUUUACAUCUGUCAAACAACAUCGCCAGACGUUAAUCCUAAAUUAAUUGUACUAACUGUCCUUCCUCAAUCUACGCCACCGCCAUCUGAAAUGUCGAACAUCACCGUUUCUGUUGACCACCUCAAAAUACCAACAGGCGGCAGUGGAACAAUAGAUUGUACACCCCAAGGAUAUCCAUUACCUCUUAUCAAAUGGACUAAGUACCAAGACUCAUUCGGACCAGGAGUAGGCCAACGCGACACAACUCUUAUCAUAAACAACGCCCAGGACAGUGACCAGGGUUACUAUAUGUGCGAAGGAACUGUGAACGGAGUACCUGUUGUUAGCAGCUAUGUUUAUAUUGAAAUUGAAAAACGUGAACCACCACGAGUAGAAAUCUACCCACCUGGAGAAAACUCAGUUACACUUGGAAGUCAACAUGAAAUUCACUGCCGUGUAACAGGAGGUAUUCCCGCGCCCAUCAUCACCUGGGACAAGAGCAAAGGACGUGAAUUUUCACGACACGUACAAGUGCAAAAGAACAACAUACUGAGCUUCCAAACUAUUGAAGUUAACGACGAAGGAACGUACACAUGUACAGCUACCAACGAAGCUGGUACCGCAAGCGCUAGUGCAAUCGUUAAAGUUAGAUCUCCUCCAGAAAUCACUUUGACACCAAGCAAUUACGUACCAGCGAUAAAGGGAGAGAGAGUAGACAUUGAAUGCAGAGCGGAUGGCUAUCCAGAACCCCUUGUUUCUAUUAAAUCAAAGAAUGACUACCGUGAAUUAGUUCCACCGUCCCCAAGGAUUGCGGUCUUCUCCAUACAGUCCGCCAGCGAAAGGGAUGAGGGUGAUUACAUUUGUACCGCCAGUUCCGUGGCCGGUAUUGUAUCGGAAGAAUUUGCGAUCCGAGUAGACAGAGGCGAUGGCGGAUUUGGCGAUGUCGAGGGCAGUGGAGAGGAAGAAUUUAACCCUGACUACAAUCCCGAUAUUUAUGACAACAGUAGGCCUAGCAACAUGUUAGCCGUUGAAGGCCAAAGGAGUGUCUUUGGGUGCAAUGCAUCAAAUGAAUUCCAAGCCAUUUGGGGAAGAGCUGAUAGGCGACCUCUUCAAUAUAACGCAAGACAAGUCGGCUCUGAACUGAUUAUUUACAAUACCUCAAAGGCUGAUUCAGGCAGAUACGAAUGCACCCUGAUCAACCGUCGCACGAAUGAAGUCCACCAAUCAGUGUACACUAGUCUUCAAGUAAUGGCAGCUCCGAGAAUUACUCUGAGACCACCAACACAAACUGUCCACCCCGGUCAAUCACCCACCGUCGAAUGUCUCGUUGAAGGAGACGACAUUAUAAGCAUAACCUGGAGACCAAUAGACACCGUGCCUUCUAGCCGCGUCGAGAUAAGGAACUCAAUGUUAAUAUUCCGCCAAAUAGAAGUGGAGGACGCUGGAAAGUAUGAAUGCUUUGCCAUGAACAGAGUCACGAAUGCAACUGCCAUCGCUGAAGUCAAAGUUAACGAAGAGACGGAUCGUGCGCCAUCGGAGUCGCAUGAUAACGAGCAAUUCGCGCAUGUCGGGGCUGCGGUACAUCUCAGCUGCAACGUCACUCAACCCGGACUAAGAAUUAGAUGGAACAAGGAUGGCAGAGCCCUGCCGAGAUCUGUGUCCCAGAAGAACGACGGCUCACUCUUUAUUAGACUUGCUCAGAAAUCAGACAGCGGUCGUUAUGUUUGUAUCAUUUGGGAUACAUACGGACGACAAACUAGCAAUUACAUCAACCUCCACAUUGAGGGUAUCACAUGCUUGGUAUCGCAGUUUCGUUGUUAUGACGAAAGUGGUUGUAUAGAUGAUGAACUUAUUUGCGAUGGAUACAAUGAUUGUCUGGAUGCUAGCGAUGAGAGUAACUGCAUCUUAAGAGAAAAGCGUCUUUUGAAAUCGCACUUGGAUCAACGCUCAAAAUCUGGAAACCGAGACGAAGCACCCGCAUUAGUUGGAAUAGACCAGCCUCGAAGAGCUUUCAGAGUUGGAGAAAAGGUCGAAGUGCUCUGUAGAGCUAGAUCUCGUGAUAUCAGAGUUUCUUGGGAAAGAUUCAGAACCAACCAAUUUGUCCAAACAAGAAUCUACGGAGAUGGCGCUCUUUUAGUAAUACCCAAUGUAGAGCAGUCUGAUGCUGGUUUGUAUAGAUGCAAUGGACUUAAUCGUUAUGGCCAAACAUCUUCUGAAGAUUUCACAUUAGAGGUUAUCCCAGUAUCUGACACACAAUCAUACCCCAUAAACGACGGUGAGACAAUGUACACAGCUCGAUUGGGCGAUACAAUUGACCUUCCUUGCACUACCAAUCUAGAAGAACCUGUUUCUAUUGAAUGGAGACGAGAAUACUCACCACUACCGCCAAAUGUUAGACCAUACGAGCGCAAUCUACAUUUGGACAGUGUGACGGAAGCUGACGCCGGAACAUACGUCUGCCGUGUUAGGAACAAUAUUGCUCGCAUUGAGACCAAAGCAACUCUUCGCGUAGUAGGAAUCGUGCCUAAAUUUAACGGCGACGGUUGGCUGACUUUACCAACUCUGAAGGACGCUUACAUGCAGUUCGAAAUCGAAAUCUCCUUCAAACCCGCAGAUCCUAAUGGUAUCAUACUCUACAAUAGCCAGAAAGAAGACGGUUCAGGCCACUAUCUAGUCUUAGAAUUAGUCGAAGGUGUGCCACAAUUCACACUUAAGUUUGAUGCUGCUGAUGCUCUUGUCACCAGAGGAGACAGACCUCUGCAACUCAACGCUUGGCACACUGUAAGACUAAGGCGUAGCGGCUCUAAAGUUACAAUGGACGUCGACAACACUGGACCGUUCUCAACCGAAUCUUCCGUACAAUACCAAAUCCUGGACUUGUAUGCACCAUUGUACAUCGGAAAUGCUCCUCAGCAAAGGCCCGUGGAAUUGGAAUUAGCUCCUGGAUUUGUGGGAUGUGUGAGCAUGUUGAUACUCGGCAAGGAAGAGAAGAACAUAAUGGCAGACAGUCUUAACAAGUACAAUGUUUACGACUGCGACUCUUGCACACCUAAUCUCUGUCUUAAUAACGGUGUCUGUCAGGAAGCCAGAAACGAACGCGGCUACGUUUGCCUGUGCGCGAAUGGCUAUGCUGGACAGAACUGCGACAGGACUGGUGAAGCUUGCCGACCCGGCUUGUGUGGACCCGGAAAGUGCAGCGACACCGCUGACGGGUACAAAUGCGCUUGCCCCGUUACCUUUACCGGCAAAAACUGCGACGUCAGGCAAUACAUCGAAUAUCCUGCUUUCACGGGCAGUGCAUUCUUAGCUAUUAAGCCACCACAGACCUCGCGUUAUCUUCGCAUGUCAAUGAAGAUAAAGCCUAAGCCACCUGUCACUGACGGUAUCAUAAUGUACUGUGCUCAGUCACCAAGAGGAUACGGUGGAUUCACAUCUCUGACUGUGAGAGAUGCACGAUUGGAAUUCAGAUACGACCUUGGUGACGGAAGCGAAUCAGUGGUGCUUACAAGCAACAAGACACUGCAACCAAACACAUGGACAUCGGUGCAAGUUGCUAGAAGCGGCCAAUUGGUUUCCCUGAACGUUGACAUGAUCUACAGCCACAAUGCUAAACUUGCAUCGCCAAAGGACUUGAACUUAGAGACACCAUUGUUCGUCGGUGGUGUAGAUGACUCUAUUAUCCUCAACAACAACACUGGAGUUUCUGGUGGUUUCAGCGGAUGCAUCAAGGAUGUUAAACUGCAAGGAGACGAUUUGAACCUCAUCAACUCAUCCAUACAAUCAGCGAACGUACAGGAAUGUGUAAACUACGACCGCGGUGACAUACCCGAGAUUGAAAGCAUCUGCUCCCAAUGUCGUAACGGUGGAUACUGCUUGAGCGCCGACUCAACUGCUUGUACUUGCCCAUCCGGUUACACUGGCCUGAUCUGCGAGAGCCGUGUACCACUCUCCAAUCAGCGCCGGCCCUUGGGAGACCCCUGCUCAGCGUUUCCCUGUAAAAAUGGGGGCACUUGCAAGACCGACCGAUCAACACGAAUGAAUUAUACCUGCGACUGCCCGCUAGGUUAUGCGGGUGUGAACUGCCAAAUGACCUUGGACCUACUGUAUAGCGUAGGCUUCAACGGUAAUGGCUACAUAGAGAUACCGGCCAGCUUCUUAAGAUACGACCAGCUGGAAAUCGAACCGGCUCUGAUCGCUUUAGGAUUCCACACAACGAACGACGGAGUGCUGUUCUACCAAAGAGAAGCACAAGUUGCCCAUGGCGGAGACUUCAUACUUAUUAAGAUCGAAAGAGGCAUUGUGGUGAUGGAAUGGGAUCUUGGCAGCGGAUUGAAUAGCGUUGCCAUUGAAGAGGUCCAUGUCACAGAUGGCGAAAGCCAUAACAUAAUUGCCAAGCUGUUCCAUGACAACCACGUGGAGUUGCAAGUAGAUAAUAUAUCGAAGACCCAGAUGACCAACGGCAUCUCCAACGUUAUGAAUGCUGACUCCAACAUUUAUAUUGGAGGAAUACCAGACCGGUGGAACGCUGAAUUCAACUACUACCCAGGUCUCAUUGGAUGUAUAGACCAGGUUGAAUUCACUGAUUUAACAAGAGGUCUGAACCUUGGUAAAGAAGCUGUAGCAGGAAGAAAUACACAGCGAUGCAAGGAAUAAAUACAACGGACCUGCUUAGUUAUACUAGCUGAGGAAUGUAUUUAUGGGACACUAUUUAAUAUCUCUCUAUAAAAUUUCGAGUUCCAAGCAUUAUAAAUGUCAAUUGAUAAAGAAUAGUGUAUAAGUAGUCAUAAUAUUAUUGAUUAAUUUCAAGAUUAAUUUUCAAUCUCGUUAUCGUUACUUUCAGAAUCAAUGACAAUUUAUGGAUUUGAAAUUUGUUAUGAUUUAAGAGAUUUUAUUGAACUAUCCAUACCAUCUUCUAGUAUUAAGAUAUCACCGCUCUGGAUAACAUUGCUAACGUAUUCUUAGGUAAUGUUAAAGGAAUGUAUAUUAUCUAAAUCUAAUAAACAUCCCUCAUCCUCGGGAUCCUCUAUAAGAGUCUUUGGUGCCAUAAGAUUUAUAAUUGUUAUAGUUAGGAAACUAUUUUUACUGUAUUUCUUAAAUAAUUUACUCUGGCAGGCAUUUUAUAUUUUUUUAUACGAUUUGUAACUUAUGAUAUUUUUAAUUCCGUGUAUUCAUCUCAUUUUCUGAAAGUAUCGACUUUAAUUGGGUGAUGUGCCAAAAGUAAAAGAUCGGUUAUUUUAGUUUUGUCAACCACUGCCAUUUAAUUUGCUUUUAUUUUAACUAGUAAAUAUCGUUUAUUUCAUACGAGAAGGAAGAAAUUUUAUUUUUAAGUCUUUACACAGCAUUUUAACUUCAAGUUGCGUAACGAGGUUAAAAUACAAAACUAAAAUAUUAUAAUCUUCCUGUAGUACAUUACCAGGAAAGAUUAAAUUUAUAACUUUCCUUACUUGCAUUUCUAGUUGUUUAAUUAGAUACUUACAUAUAAAAUUGCUUCGACUAAGUUAUAAUAUUUGUUUCUCGAAAACUCUGUAUGCUAUGUGGAAGUAUAAUUUUAAUACGUGAAUGCCUACUAUUUUAUAUUUUAUUGAAACUGCCUUUAUGUAAAAUGUUUUCUUCUGUAUACUGUAAGUGAAUACAUACGACUAACAAUAAAAAAUAAAAAUAAUGUGAAUAUGUA